AUGAUAAAAUCCAAGUUAUUAUCAACAACCAUAACCCUGCAACUUCCCCCAAACACUCCAAAAACAAGACUUGCAGAACAAACCUGCUUAACACUUCUUCAAUCCUACUGCAACACAUUCUCAAAACUAACUCAAAUCCACGCCUUCAUCCUCAAAAACGGCCUCCAAAACAACCCAUUAGUUCUCACCAAAUUCGCUUCAUCUUCCUCCAACUUCAACGCCAUUCACUACGCUUCCUCAUUCUUAUUCCCAUCUCACCAAACCCCAUCUUUCUCCUACGAUGCAUUCCUCUUCAACACCGUUAUCAGAGCCUAUGCUCAAACUCAAACCCAUGAUUCCAAAUCAAAGGCAUUGGAAUUCUACACAACCAUGCUCCGGUAUGGUGUUUCGCCGAAUAAAUUCACCUUUCCGUUUGUUCUUAAAGCUUGUGCUGGUGUUGCGAGUCUGAGAUUGGGGAAACUGGUUCAUGGGUCUGUGGUGAAGUUUGGGUUUGAAGAUGAUCUUCAUGUUGUGAAUACGAUGAUUCAUAUGUAUUGUUGUUGUGAGGGAGAAGAAGGGAUUGAGUUUGCUGAGAAGGUGUUUGAUGAAAGUUCUAAGUCGGAUUUGGUGACGUGGAGUGCUAUGAUUGGUGGGUUUGUGCGCUUGGGGCGCUCUGCUCGUGCUAUUGGAUUGUUUAGGGAGAUGCAGGUCAUGGGUGUUUGCCCUGAUGAGAUCACAAUGGUUUCUGUUUUGUCUGCAUGUGCUGACUUGGGAGCACUUGAGCUUGGAAAAUGGAUGGAAUCUUACAUUGAGAGGAAAAACAUUCCUAAGUCUGUGGAACUCUGUAACGCACUAAUAGACAUGUUUGCAAAGUGUGGCGAUGUCGAUAAAGCCACCAAACUGUUCGAACAAAUGGAGUCACGCACCAUAGUUUCAUGGACUUCAGUAAUUGCUGGUUUUGCAAUGCACGGUCGUGGUUUAGACGCUGUUUCUUUAUUUGAUGAAAUGGUUGAAAAUGGAAUAACACCUGAUGAUGUUGCUUUCAUUGGUGUGCUCUCUGCUUGCAGUCACUCGGGGCUUGUUGACAAAGGAAGAACUUAUUUCAAAUCAAUGGAAAGGAAUUUCAACAUCGUGCCAAAGAUAGAACACUAUGGAUGCAUGGUGGAUUUGUUUUGUAGAGGGGGAUUUGUUAAAGAAGCAUUUGAGUUUGUUCAAAAGAUGCCUUUUGAACCAAACCAAAUCAUAUGGAGAACCAUAAUCACUGCUUGUCAUGCAAGUGGAGAGCUCAAGCUUGGAGAGAGUAUCUCCAAAGGGCUAAUAAAAAAAGAGCCGAUGCACGAGUCCAAUUAUGUUUUACUGUCGAACAUUUACGCAAAAUUGCGACAAUGGGAAAAGAAAACUAAGGUGAGGGAGAUAAUGGAUAUGAGAGGGAUGAAGAAGGUUCCAGGGAGUACCAUGAUUGAGGUAAAUAAUGAAAUGCAUGAGUUUGUCGCUGGUGAUAAGUCUCAUGAUCAGUAUAAGGAGAUAUAUGAAAUGGUGGAUGAGAUGGGAAGAGAAAUCAAAAGGGCAGGGUAUGUUCCUACCACAUCUCAAGUGUUGCUUGACAUCGAUGAAGAAGAUAAAGAAGAUGCUUUGUAUCAACAUAGUGAGAAGCUUGCCAUAGCUUUUGCUCUUUUGAACACUCCCCCUGGAACAACCAUCAGGCUUGUGAAGAACUUGCGCGUUUGUGAAGAUUGUCACUCUGCUACCAAGUUUAUAUCUAAGGUUUAUAAUCGAGAGAUCGUUGUCCGGGACCGCAAUCGAUUCCACCAUUUCAAGAAUGGCCUGUGCUCUUGUAGAGACUUUUGGUAA